UCCAGGAGCUGCCACAGCAGCGGAGCAGGUAUCUGCUCCUGCACCUGCUCCUCUUGCACCUGACACACAGCUGCUCCUACCCACCUCGCCCGGCGCCCCGCAGGCACCCCGCCUCCCCUACUCUCCUUCUAAGGGAAGGUCUCGCCUCCAGCCCGGAGCAGUCAGGAUUACAGCAGAAAGCCCGCCUCGGCUUGGGGAGCGCCAUGACUGAAGUUGGCUGGUGGAAGCUGACCUUCCUCCGGAAAAAGAAAUCCACUCCCAAGGUGCUCUAUGAGAUCCCGGACUCCUACGUCCAGACGGAGGCCAGCGCAGAGCCCACCGCCGGCGCCCCCAGCAGUGACUUUAACAGCCGCCUGGAGAAGAUUGUGGACAAGGGCACCAAGGGCAAGCACGUCAAGGUCUCCAACUCAGGCCGCUUCAAGGAGAAGAAAAAGGUGCGCGCCACGCUGGCCGAGAACCCCAGCCUCUUUGAUGACCGGGAGGACAAAGGCCAGUGAAGGGGCCAGGGCAGGACGCGGGCCCCUCCCAGCUCCCUGCCUGCAGUGGGUCUGAGGCAGGAGCUCGCCACGCUGGCCUCUUGGGUGGCAGUGGAAGCCAUGGGGUGGUUGGUGCCUGCUGGCAGGAAGUGUCUGCUGUUAGGUCUGUGUCCGUGUGCCCGGCUGUGUGCAAGACCUGGGAGAUGCCCGUGUCUCCCCAACCUCCCCCUGAUGACAAAGGCACUCCAUCUAGCACGAGGAGGCGAACUCCUACCCAGGAAGAAACAGCCCGCCUUGAAGAAGUGGCACGGCCCACAGGGAGGUGGCCGUGGCAGGGAACCAGGGAACAGAGAGCGGGGAGUAGGACGGACUCUGCCUCCCCCCCCCCGCCCCCCGUUACCGGGCACAGGGUCAAAGGUGAGUGGGGAUUGCUGCUCCCUGUGCCUUCUCUACCCGUGACUGUGCCCUGGACCCAUCCUGAGAUCAGCACCCGUUCCAGAAGCCACGUGACAGGGGGUGGUUUCCUUGGAGCCAGAGGUGGAGAUGUUGAACUUGAGCUCACCUCCUAAGACAAGCAGUGAACUUCCUGGAACUUUGCCCCAGGUGUGGAGGAGCAGAGGACCCCGGCACUCUGCGGGGAAUGCUGCAGAGCCCAUCAGUGACCCCCGGGUUCCUGCUUUGGCCACACCGCCGCGGAGGUGGCCAAUCACAGGGGCAGCCAGCAGCCAGUUUUUUCCUGUCCUUCCCAUCCUCAUAUUUAAGAUGGAUCAGCCCCAGUGAUGAGUUCUGGAGCCUCGAAUUUUGUUUAAAAAAAUUAAUUGUA